AAAAUAAAACUAUUAGUAAAAGUUUAUCUAAAGAUAAAGCUAUUGGUAAAAAUUUACUUGAAGAUGAAAUCAUUAGAAGAAGUUUUCCUGAAGAUGAAGUUGUUAAUAGAAGGCUACCUAAAAUUAAUAUUUGUUUAAAUAAAAAGUAUAAGUUUUCUGUUUUGAUAGCUACUACUACAAGUACCAAUACUUAA